AUGGCGGCGGAAGAGAUCUUUGGAUCCAACGGCGGCGCCCAAAACUCUCCACGAGAGGCACUGCCUUGGCGUCAGGCGGCAGCCGGUCGUAAAAAAAUCAAAGCCACUUUUUAUCCUUGUCCAAAAAUGAAAAAUACAACAAAGAGAGAGCGAUUAAAUGUUAGGGCGUACCCCUUAAGCGACGGUCAGAGCAACACAUGCAAUACAUGCGCAAUGCGAUUGGCUACGUGGAACGUAGGCUCAAUGACGGGCAGGAGUGCCGAACUGAGUGACGUCUUACAGCGACGUCGUAUUGAUGCAUGCUGUAUUCAAGAGACCAAGUGGCGGGGAUCAAAAUCAAGAUUAAUAGGUAAUGGGUAUAAACUGCUCUACCAUGGGUCAGAAGCUAAGAACGGAGUUGGAAUUGUACUGUCCAGUAAUUUAAGUAGCAGGCUCGUCAAUAUCGAACGCCAUCACCUCAGACCUCAGACAAACUGUACGGAGGACGAGAAAGAUUCUUUCUGGGAAGACAUACACAAGCUUGUAACGGAAAUACCGCCAAAAGAAGCCAUUCAUAUCGGGGGUGAUCUCAAUGGUCAUAUCGGAGCGAGUAAUAACUAUUUCGAUAGAUGUCACGGCGGGUUUGGAUACGGAAACCGCAACCGUGAUGGUGACCGCAUUCUACAGUUCGCCUCUGACUGCAAAACCAUUUGGGACGGUAUAAAGAUUGCAAGGUUAUACCAGGAACCUAUGACCACCCAACACCGACCAUUAGUUGCAACCUAUAGGUUACCAAAAGCACUAAAGUCCAACGUAACAAUAUCAUCUAAAAUAAGAUGGAGGCGCCUAGAGGAGGCAAGUGGCGACAUGCUUACUACAACUGUCGCUGAAAAACUUGAUUCCAUGAACAAUAUAGAUCGCAACGCAAACGAUAUGUGGGGUGAGUUUGAACCUGUCUGUAGAACCAACGCCGAAAAACACCUAGGGCGAACAAAGCCCAGAAAAGGCCCCUUUAAAGAAACUCACUGGUGGCAAGACACUGUUAAAGAAGCAGUGAAGACCAAAAAGGAGCACUUUAAGAGAUGGCAGACCACGGAGGAUCAGACUGACUUAUAUCUAUAUAAGGAAGCAAAGAGAACAUCUAAUCGACAGGUUGCAAUUGCUAAAUGCGAAUCCAAUCGUGAUUUUUAUGAAAAGCUGGAGACGGCAGAGUCAGAGGUUGAUAUACAUAAAAUUGCAAAGACGAGAAACAACAAUACCAAGGAUUACAGCACGAUAAAAUACAUUAAAGAUCCCAACAAUAGAAUAUUAACAGAAGACGUUCACAUAAGAGAUAGGUGGGUGGAAUACUACCGGCAUCUUCUAAACGUGUCCCACCCCAUAAAACAUGAAAGCGCGAAGCCUACACCAGUUCAAGGUCCUGUCCCAUGCAUUGUUAUAGAUGAAGUCAAAAAGGCAAUCAGACAAAUGAAGAACAAUAAGGCCGUAGGCCCUGAUGAAAUUCCAGCCGAGAUCUGGAAGCGAUUAGGAGAACUGGGAGAACUCUGGUUGCUUGAACUAUUUAAUAAACUAGUUAUUGGUCAGCCUAUUUCGAACUCAUGGCGACAAAGCUUUUUAGUACCUUUUUAUAAGGGCAAAGGAGAUGUCAGGGACUGCAAUAACUACAGGGCCAUAAAACUUAUGUCGCAUACGUUCAAAAUUUGGGAAAGAAUACUUAAUAAUAGAAUAAGAGACAUCGUUGAGUUAACUCCCAAUCAGUGCGGCUUUGUCACGGGCAAAGGUACAUCCGAUGCUAUACAAACCAUUCGAAUCAUGCUUGAAAAAGCGAAGAUUAACAAGUCCAACCUACACAUGAUCUUUAUAGAUUUAGAAAAGGCCUUUGACCAUGUUCCCAGAAAUUUGAUAUGGCAGUCGCUGAGAGCACAAAAUGUUCCCGAACAAUACAUUUGUCUAAUACAGGACAUGUACAACAAUGUUACCACUCAAGUGGUAAGCGCCGCUGGAACUAGUGAUGGGUUUGCAAUUGAAGUCGGAGUACAUCAGGGCUCCGCACUUAGUCCUUUGUUAUUCAAUGUGAACAUGGAUUAUCUCACGAAAGACUGUCAAAGACCCGUACCCUGGAACAUCUUGUACGCAGACGAUGUCGUGCUCAUAUCUGACACUGUUGCAGAGCUACAAAGUCAAUUAAAUCUCUGGAUAACAUCAUUGGAAGAGAAUGGUCUUAGAAUCAGCCGAGGAAAAACUGAGCACAUGUCCUGCAUAUUCGAUGGUACAACCGACGCCGCCCAAAUUAAAUUCUUUAUUAAUAAUACUCGUAUUCCCACAGUAAAGCAAUUCAAAUACCUCGGAUCCAUAAUAAGCAACGAUAGUAAAAUUGACGAUGACAAGAAUGCCCCUAAAGAUCAAAGGGAAACUAUACAAAACUGCAAUCCGCCCUGCCAUACUGUAUGGUACGGAAUGCUGGGCCGCUACCAAAAAGCACAGGACAAAGUUACACACCACUGA